UCUGAUUUAUUCGACAAAAUUGAUCGGUGCGUGUACACAGUUCGUACACAGUUCAGUAUUACGCGAAAAUAACUUUUCCUCGAAAAUAAGACACUAUGGAAGACACCAUGUCCUCUACGAUAACGGAGAUGUUUACUUCAUUCCAAGACUGUCUGAACAACGAGCAAGAAAUACGCGAGCAAAUCCGUGUUAUUGUGAAGAAUAUUGAGAAAAAUUCUAGGGAUAUAUUGAUGACAUUGCAAAAUAUUCAUACAGUGCAUCAUACAAUGGAGGAAAAUAUAAUUGUAUCGAAAUAUUGUUCAAAAGCAAGAGAGAUAUUUGCAGACAUAAGGAUACAAUAUGCGAGUCUUGCUGAAGUGGUACCAAAUAAUCAGUAUUAUCGUUAUCACGACCAAUGGCGUUUUGUCACUCAAAGGCUGUGCUUUCUAGUUGCUCUAGUAAUAUACUUCGAAAUUAAACUCUUAGUUGACAAGAAAACUGUUGCAGAUAUAUUAGGAGUAAAAAAUAACAGAGAGGAUGGCUUCCAUUUGGAUCUGGAAGAUUUUUUACUGGGUCUGCUUCAGUUGUCUGCUGAAUUGAGUCGUUUUGCUGUAAAUAGCGUCACAAAUGGUCAUUAUUCUUGGCCAAUAGAAAUCGCAACAUUCGUUAAUGAAUUAAACGCAGGGUUUCGGCUAUUAAACUUAAAGAAUGAUAUAUUGAGGAAACGUUUUGAUGCUCUCAAGUAUGAUGUAAAAAAAAUUGAAGAGGUAGUGUACGACUUGUGCAUUCGCGGUUUGGUUCCGUCCCCUCGGCCUAUUGAAGAAACGCCUACCGAAGAGACGCCUACUGAAUAGGUUUCUAUAUCUUUCCAUAAUAUUUCACUUUAAUA